AUCACAUUUAUAGCAUUUAUAUCUGUCAUAAAUGUUCCAUCAUCAUCAUCAUCAUCAUUAUCAGCCUGAGUUUGUACACUGCUGGACGUAGACCUCCCCCAUACGAUCCCUUAAAUAGAGUUUGAUUUCAAAGUCGAAAAAUUUAACACCUAUUUACCUACAAAUCAGUUAAAUAAAUAAUUGCAUGAAUAAAUACGAUACGAAGAACUAAUCAUUUUUAAAUCUUUUAUCGGAACGGAGCUUGUCGAAUAAAAAUAACAUGUCGAUUACUAUUGGUUUUAUUGGUGGUGGAAAUAUGUCCACAGCAAUUGCUAAAGGAAUUUUGAGAAACGAUUCAUAUUCUGCAUCUCAAAUUUGGGUAUCCGGCCCCCAUACAGCUCACCUAAAACACUGGGAAGAAAUGGGUGCCAAUGUAACGGACAAAAAUGGAGAAGUAUUAAGUAAAUGCGAUGUUGUAUUUCUUGGUGUUAAGCCAGGUGUAUUGAGUUAUGCUAUUAGUGAUUGUCUUAAAUCCUUGCCUUCUGGUGGUCCUCGUAAGAAUUUCUUUUUUGUUUCAAUGUUGGCUGGUAUCACUAUUGAAACUCUACAUGAGGCAUUCAAGGUGUUUGAUUUUCCUACAAGUGUUAUAAGGAUAAUGCCCAAUACACCAAUGAGUGUUGGUGCAGGAAUUUGUCUAUAUACACCAGAUGAUAAAGUCAAACCAGAGCAAUGCAUGCUUCUGGAGAAACUUCUGAAUAGUUGUGGUAUUUGUGAGAAAGUCACUGAAACGUUAAUGAAUUCUGGAUCCUGCCUGCCUGGUUGUGGACCGGCUUUUAUGUAUAUUGUAAUAGAAGCAUUAGCAGAUGGAGCUGUAAAACAGGGUGUUCCAAGGGCAAUGGCCCUGCGUUGGGCAUCUCAAGUUUUAGUGGGCAGUGGAGAAAUGGUGUUACAGUCCAAAAAACACCCUGGUCAUUUGAAGGAUGAAGUCUGUUCACCAGGUGGCUCCACUAUAUGUGGUGUAACUGCCCUGGAGAAUGGAAGAAUAAGGGCUACCUUAAUUAGUGCAAUAGAAGCGGCAACAUUGAGAACGUAUGAGAUGGGGAAGAAAUAAAUCAGUAAAUAAAUGAAAGAGAUUACUACAAGAAAUGCGGGUUUACUUGGGUAUUAUUUAAUUUUUAGAGUACAUUUUAUUUUUGUAAUAAUUUAUUUGCAUCCAAAGUUAAAGGUUAGUGUGUUGUUUUAUUUAUUUCUUUGUCUAUUUGUAAUCAGACAAAGUACAUACUAAUGAAAGAUCUAGUAGAUUUUUCUUUUAAAUAUCAUAAGAUUCAAACUUUAAUGUGGCUUGUGAUAAUUUGCUUUUUUAUGUGCAUUGAUGUAGCCAGCCUACUCAUGCCUUUAAGUGCCCUAUGUUGUUUACGUCUAUUACUCAAAUUACGCUGUGCAGUGUCUCGUGCGAUGUACCGAGCCGCCAUAAAGUUUAUAUCUUAUUGUACCAUGACUUAUACUCGCACCUAAGUUUUUUAAGCUAUAAAGCUUUCCUACAUGGCUGUACUAAUAAAUAUACAUGACAUUGUUUAUUUCUAAACGAAAUAAGUCCUAACAUAACCAUAAUUUAAAUGUAAGUAUUAC